CCUUCCACCCUCUCAACGAUAAUAAUGUCCUUUUUACUUUUCAUCUUGACGAGAAAAAUCACAGCUGCGACGACGAGGAGACACACGGUUAAUGACUGACCCUUGUGUGUUUGCUGAGAGUCCACAGUACACACACACACACACACAGACACGCACCCCUCAAUCAUGCUCAGCAAUACACACAAACACACCCACGCAGAGGCUCACUCAGACACACGUCCCACUGCUGGUGUCUGGUCUCGGGCAGGAGGAUCUGCUAGAAACCGGGACAUCCAUUCAGAGUGUUUGUGUCAAAAUGGGUCGCAGACAGGUCGCCUGAGAGACCGGAUCCAGUAUCCGUCACGUUUUGUGAAGCCGAGUGAAAGUACCUGGAGAAAGCCAACUGCAGAAUCAGGUGUUUUGGCAGAAACCUUGAGAGCACCAGACUCCCCACUGAACAUGACUCUCACACAUUAUCACGCAAGGAGAUGAGUCCUGGUGACCCGGAGAUGCCAGGAUCUCACCAGCCACCCCAGAUGCUGGCACCCUGAGUCACUUUUGGAGUUCAUCUGUCCGCCUUCCUGACAUGGGACAGACACACCCUCAUCCGUCCCUCCAUCACCUAUACCUGCAGGUAGAACUGCAGCUGACAGCCUUGUUGACCCCCUGCCUCGAGACCCCUGAGCAAUGUACUGAAGAGGAGGAGGUCUAUAAAGCUGCUGAGCAACUGGCCUCUUGGUUGUCAGCGAGCGUCGCAGCGAUGUGGUUGUGCCUCCUCCUCCUCCUCCUCGGCUGCAGCUCCUGCUCCUCCAUGCUUCUCCCUGAGACCAACACGUCCACCUUCGACCCCAACACCUUCUACAACCCACCACCGGGAGAAACACAACCCUCUUUGCCACUCUUGCGAGGCGCCCCCCGUCUGCCGCCAGAUAACCUGUGGUCCCAACAAGGCAAUGAGACGUCAGGGAGUCUCCGCAUGAUGCAGGACCCUGUGCCUGAGAUGACACUCCUGCCUGACAUGAGAAUCUGUGACAUGGUUCUGAACACACCAGAACCGGUGCCUCCAGACGAAGUCCCCUCCUUCUGCUCUUGCUCCCACUGCAAGGGGACUCCGGGCCCCCAGGGGGACAAUGGGGCCCAGGGAGCAGAAGGUGAACGCGGGAAUCCUGGGAGAAGAGGGCUGACAGGGUUUCAAGGUCGCAGGGGGAAUAGAGGUCCUCUCGGGCUGAAAGGUGAGAGGGGACACCUGGGGCAGCCCGGUCAGACUGGGAGCCCAGGAUUUACAGGUCCAAAGGGUGAACGUGGAUUCAAAGGUGAUGGAGGAGGCCGCGGGGAUCCCGGCUCUCUGGGUGUUGAUGGUUUCCCGGGAGAAACUGGAUCCUGUCCAGCUUCAUGCACCAUUGUCUUUGGCCCACCAGGUCAACAGGGAUCGACUGGACCCGCUGGGGCACAAGGCCUCCCAGGUGUGCACGGUCAUGUGGGUCUUCACGGUCCUAAAGGGGACAAAGGGGAACUUGGCAGGCCCGGUUACCCAGGACAGCCUGGUCCUCCCGGCAGAGAUGGGGAGGGGGGUAUGCGCAACUGCACCGAUGGGAUCAUUGGGAAUAAAGGGCCACCAGGACCAAAUGGUGAAAGGGGGGAAAGAGGUGACACUGGUACAACUGGGGUGCAAGGACAAAUGGGGUUGAAGGGAGAGCCCGGUGACAUGGGCUUCAUGGGUCCUCCCGGUCCCUGCUCUUCUGCCAUCCAAUCUGCCUUCUCUGCAUCCAUCAAAAGGUCUUUCCCCACAGCAGACCAGCCUGUCGCUUUCCCACACGUGCUGAGCAACCAGCAGGAGCACUUCAACCCCCAAGUGGGAAUCUACACCGCCCCAGUCAAUGGGACCUAUAUUUUCUCAUUCCACCUGACCACUGCCUACAGGAUCCUGAAGGUGAGACUGUUCCUCAACAGUGUACCAGCAUUUAAGACGACAGGAGGGAGCAACUUCGCCACCACAAGCAUGACGGUGGUACUGCAUCUGAAGGCGUCCGACCAGGUGUGGCUGCAGGUAAAGAGCAACUUGACCAAUGGACUGUAUACCAACAGUGAGAGCAGCAGCACCUUCACUGGGUAUCUGCUGCACCCGGAGUCUUGCGUGCUACCAGGCUCUCCUGCCCCGACAUCUCUCUAGAGAACCUUCUUUCUACAAUAAGGUCCCGUGAAGUUCCAGCUGCAGGUCAGGAAGUGGUCUUUAUCAGUCAUAUCAGACACAUGCUCUUCGAAUAAGAGGUAAUAUAUUUAUGAUCCAACAUGUUAUAAACUUUAUGAGAUAGUAGCUGUCGUUUCACAUUAAUACAACAGAUCACUGUCCUUUUAGCGCCACAAAGUCAGAUUCACAAUUGUUUUGUGAGUUGCCAGUCUGAGGAGGUCAGUGUGAGUGGAAGAAAAGAGAAAUGAAAGGACAGCGCCUUAUAGAAGAUGGCCACCACUGUUGUUGUUCAUUCUUGAUCAUUGUUCCUAGCUUCCUCUGCUACUCUAGUUUCAUUCCAUAUCUAAGGUUAACUAGAGGCAUUCAACUGCGACCCCAGCACCCUCAGGCUGUUAGGAGUCUCUCUGUCUGUUUGGAGUAGUUUGGAUUUGGCCCAAAACCUCUGCAUGUGCAAGUACUGAGACACAGGAAGCCCCGGGUCAAGGUUGAAAUGGAUAAUAAAGUUGAAGCUAAAACAGUUUCAUUGACUUCUGUCGAAUGUGACAAAAACAAAUUCACAAGUUGGUUGUCUGAACAAUAAAAGA